GCUGCACCGGAAGCGAACGCGACUCUUCUUCGUGGCUGGAGGCCUCAGACCGACGCGUAGUGCCACGUUGAUGGAGCCCAUUGGGGACGUGGAAAGCCGAGUCGGGAGCGAGCUCAGUGGGGACCGGGUAGCUACGAGUCGCGGACGUCUUGUCUUGUCCGACGGGGGCCCGUUAUUAUUCGGUUAAAAUUCCACAGUGAAAAAAGAAGAGCGAAAACAGCCGGUUGUCGCUCCCCCCCCACCCCCAAUUUCCUCACCACCAACUCAUUGUCUGCCUUCGCGCGUACAUGUGAGAGAAAAAGCAAAGUAAAAGCAAGGAUGAAACUGAAAGAGAUUGAACGCACCGCCAUCCAGAGCUGGAGUCCGGCGCAGCAGCACCCCAUCUACCUGGCAACAGGAACGUCGGCGCACCAGCUGGAUGCCUCCUUCAGCACGAACGCCUCCCUGGAGCUCUUCGAGCUGGACUUGUCUGACCCGUCGCUGAACAUGAGGUCAUGCGGCAGCUACUCUUCAUCUCACAGGUACCACAAGCUGGUCUGGGGUCCCUGCAGAGCGGACACCCAGGAUCACCCGGCCGGCUUGGUCAUCGCCGGGGGCGAGAACGGCAACGUCAUCUUGUAUGACGCCGCCAAGAUCAUAGCGGGCGAGAGCGAGGCGGUCGUGGCCGAGAGCGACCGGCACACGGGCCCCGUGAGAGGACUGGACAUCAAUCCCUUCCAGACCAACCUCUUCGCAUCGGGCGGGAACGAGUCGGAAAUUUACAUCUGGGAUGUGAACAACUUUGAGUCCCCCAUGACUCCAGGACCUAAAACACAGCCAGUGGAGGACAUCGGAUGUGUGGCGUGGAACAGGCAGGUCCAGCACAUCCUGGCCUCGGCCAGCCCGAGCGGUCGUGCGUCCGUCUGGGACCUCCGCAAGAAUGACCUCAUUAUCAAAGUCAGCGAUCACAGCAACAGAAUGCAUUGCUCCGGGCUGGCGUGGAACCCGGAAGUCGCCACUCAGCUGGUCCUGGCCUCCGAGGACGACCGCAUGCCCGUCAUCCAGAUGUGGGAUCUACGAUUCGCUACCUCCCCGCUCAAGAUUCUGGAGAAUCACACAAGAGGCAUCCUGGCCAUCGCUUGGAGCGUCGCUGAUCCCGAGCUCCUCCUCAGCUGCGGCAAGGACAGCAGGAUCCUGUGCUGGAACCCCAACACGGGGGAGGUGCUGUACGAGCUGCCCGCCGGAAGCCAGUGGUGCUUCGACGUGCAGUGGUGCCCCAGGAACCCGGCGGUGCUGUCCGCCGCCCGCUUCGACGGCCAUAUCGACGUCUACUCCAUCAUGGGCGGCAGCAGCCAGGCGCAGAGCCAAAGGCACGCGGACCAGAUUAGUAACUCCUUCGGAAACAUGGAUCCCUUUGGUACAGGACAAACGUUGCCCCCGCUCCAGCUACCUCAGACCGCCGCCCCCCCAGCUAGCGUUAACCCCCUGAAGAAGCCCCCCAAGUGGAUCCGCAGGCCAGUUGGAGCGUCGUUUGCGUUUGGCGGGAAGCUGGUGUCUCUUGAGAACGGCCCAGCGAACGGCCAGCAACCAGGCGGCCUCCGGCUAGUCCACGUCAGUCGGGUGGUGACGGAGCCGACGUUCUUGACGCGGUCGGAGCAGCUCCAGGCCACGCUGAGCGCGGGCACCUUCCAGGAAUUCUGCCAGGAGAAGAUCCAGGCGGCUCAGGACCAGUUUGAAAAAACCGUCUGGUCUUUCCUCAAGGCUAACUUUGAAAGCGACAUUCGGAGUCAGUUCUUGGAGCUUCUUGGCUACAAGAAAGAUGAGCUUUCCGCCAAGAUUUCUGUGGCGUUGGAGGGGAAGUCGGCUGGCGCUCCGCCGGUGGACGCAGCGCUCGCUCCGGCCAGCUCACAACCACCAGUCGGCAAUCCGGAGGAGGCGUUCGACAUGAUCGCCGCCGCAAACCUGAAACCGGACCAGAGCGUGCCCCCUCGUGAGAAAACGGAGGAGGAAGAAGAGAUCUCUUUGGAAGAGGAGGUGCCACUGGAGGAGGAGGUGGAGGAGGAGAAGCCAGGUCCAGAACCGGAGACUCCCGCCCAGGUCAAGGAGCCCGCUGAGGCUCCUGGAGAGGGAGUCGACCUCAGCAUUAGUAAAGAUAUGGAUGGUCUGAUCACGCAGGCGUUGCUGACGGGCGAUUUCGAGGGCGCCGUGGAGCUCUGCAUCCACGACGACCGCAUGGCCGACAGCAUCAUCCUGGCCAUCGCCGGCGGCGCCGAGCUCCUGGAGAAGACCCAGAGGAAGUAUUUCCGCACGAGCCGCGGCAAGAUCACCAAGCUGAUCAGCGCCGUGGUGACCAAAGACUGGCGUGAUGUCCUGACCACGUGUGACCUGCACAACUGGAAGGAGGCGCUGGCGGCCGUCAUGACCUACGCCAAGGCCGACGAGUUCUCUUCACUGUGCGAACUCCUGGGCGUCCGUCUGGAGGCGUCGGGCGAGGCUGCUCUGCGAGCUCACGCCUGCCUGUGUUACAUCUGCGCCGGUAAUGUGGACAAACUGGUGGCCUGCUGGAAUGCGACUGGCCACCGUCACUGUCCGCUAUCCCUGCAGGACCUGGUAGAGAAAGUGGUGGUGCUGCAGCGCGCCGCGGAGCAGACGCAGCGCUCGGGUCCCGGCGCCCACCUCGGCGUCCUGCUGACUGAAGAGAUGGGUCGCUACGCCGGGCUGCUGGCCUCGCAAGGCAGCCUGUCAACCGCCAUCAGCUACCUGCCCGACGGCAGCGGACAAGUGGCAGUGCAGCACCUCCGCGAACGCCUCAGUCGGGCCCUGGGUCAGCAGGCCGGUCCGGUCCAGACCCCCAGAUCCCAACCUUAUCACGCCACUCAUCAUCCCUGCCGUUCCUUCGCCCCGAUCCAGCCCUCUACGCCAUCAGCGCCUGUCCCGGGACCGACACCGGCCUCUGCCCCCGUCCAACAGCAGUAUUACCAACCUGUUAGGUCCGCCUCUACCGUCACGUCCUGGAGCAACCAGACGCCGACAGCCCUGCCCAACAUCCCGCCCCCUCCGCAAAUGGGCGGGGUCUCCGAGCAGCAACAGCAGGCAGAACCACCGAAGUCCAUGUACGGAAUGCCGCCGUCCGCCCCAACCCCCGCAGCUCCCGCAAGUUCCGCCUAUAUGUACUCCCAGCCGUACCAGCCCCACUCGCAGGUCCAGCACUUCCCGCCUGGAGCCUAUCAGCCUCUUCAUUACUCCGAGCCCCCGUACCCUCCUCAGCCGCCUGGCUUCCUCGAACAGUGCCUGCCCUCUUCCCCCUCUUCCUACCUUCCUCCUUUCGUUCCCUCGUCGUCGUCCUUUCCCUCUUCCGGAGUGUCUUUCCAGCGCGGCGUGCCGGGCUCUCCCGGGUCCUAUGAGCCGCCCCCUCCGCCCGGCGGAGUCUCAGGACCACAGAACGGUUGGAAUGACCCGCCAGCUCUGAGCAGAAUGUCCAAGAAGAAGAUCCCGGAGAAUUACACCCCGCCCGCCCCCAUCACUGCUCCCAUCAUGGCUCCUUUGGGCGCGGACCCUCACGUUCAGCCGGUGGCCUCCGGAGCACCACAGGGCUCCAUCCCGAGUCCUUACGGGGGCGUCCAGCAGGUCCCGCUACAGACCCACAAUCCGAGCAUACCCGCUGAGGGAGCACCCGGGGGGCCGACGGGCGAUGCCAUACAGCCUGUGCAGUCAAUCCCCGCCGAGAAGAUCUCCAAGAAGCCUAUCCCCGAGGAGCAUCUGGUCCUGAAGACCACGUUUGAGGGCCUGGUCCAGAAAUGCUUGGCCGUCGCCACUGACCCACAAACUCGCAGGAAGCUGGACGACGCCAACAAACGUCUGGAGGCGCUCUACGACAAACUGCGGGAUCAGACCCUUUCUCCCGCCAUCGUCGGGGGCCUGCACAACAUGGCGCGCAGCAUCGAGGCGCGGGCCUACGCGGAGGGUUUGGGCAUCCACACGCACAUCGUCAGCAGCAGCAAUUUCAGCGAGACGUCGGCGUUCAUGCCCAUCCUCAAGGUGGUGCUGACCCAGGCAAACAGGCUGGGCGUGUGAGCCCGCGCGCUACCCGAGGGCGGCUGCCAACAAAGGGCUGUUUUUAUUAUUUUGCCCCCCAAAAAAUUUACACUACCAAUCUCCUUCUGAUUGCUUUAAAAAAAAAAAAAAUCGACUUUGUAUGAAGUUGAUGCAAUCCAAAUGGAUCUUUUUUUUUUUUUUUUUUCGAUGAUAGGAAAUGCCAACGGGAAGACAGAAGAAAAAAUUUCAAUUUGUAGAAGUAGGCUGAUUUUAUUAUUGUUAAUUUUUUUUUCUUCUAUGUCGACAUUGUGGCUUAAAGGUUUUUUUUUUUUUUGUUUUGAGCAGCUAAUCGCACUCCGUCGGUGCUUUUUAAUAUUUUUUUUUUUUUAAAACCCUUUCACCUCCGCCUUAUUGGACCAAAUUUUAGCACAGCAAUGCAAUCCCAGUGCACAGUGCAUUGUCAGCACUUCAUUUUCUUUUUUUCUUCCCAAAAAUGAAAUCAUUUUUUUCCCUCCGUUUGCACUUAACACUGCAUAAUGAAAUGAAAACAGAUUUUUAUGAUUUUUUUUUUUUUUUGCUUUAUUGGAAUAUAAAAACUAAGGAAUUUAUUAAAGUGCAUCCACAAAAUAUUCACAUCACUUUUUCCAUAUUUCAUUAAGUGAAAUUGUCUUUUUUUUU